CUCCGCCAUGAGCUACUCUCUGGACGCGCUGGGCGGCGCGCCGUCCGCCUACCGGCGCCUGGCCGAGAGCCGGACCGGCUACGGCCGCGUCAGCGGGUCCCCGUCCAGCGGCUUCCGCUCGCAGUCCUGGUCCCGGGGCUCGUCGGGCACGGCGAUCACCUCCUCCUCCCUGUCCUCCUACAAGCGCAGCGCGCCGGGCGGGCCGCGGGCGGCGUUCGAACGCUCGGCCGUGCUGGGCUCGGCCGUGCUGGGCUCGGCCGAGAGCAGCCUCGACUUCAGCCAGAGCUCCACUUCGCUGUUCAACGGCGGCGUGGGCGCCGGGGGCGCCGGGGGCGCCGCCGGGGACCUGAGGCUGUCGCGGGCCACCGAGAAGGAGCAGCUGCAGGGCCUGAACGACCGCUUCGCCGGCUACAUCGAGAAGGUGCACUACCUGGAGCAGCAGAACAAGGAGAUCGAGGGGGAGAUCCAGGCGCUGCGGCAGCAGCAGGCCGCCCGCGCGCAGCUGGGUGACGCCUACGCGCAGGAGAUCCGCGAGCUGCGCGCCGGGCUGGAGCAGGCCGGCCACGACAAGGCCCAGGUGCAGCUGGACGCCGACCACCUGGACGAGGACAUCCACCGGCUCAAGGAGCGCCUCGACGAGGAGGCCCGCCUGCGCGACGACACCGAGGCGGCCAUCCGCGCCCUGCGCAAGGACGUGGAGGAGGCCGCCAUGGUCCGGGUGGAGCUGGACAAGAAGGUCCAGUCGCUGCAGGACGAAGUGGCCUUCCUGCGCAACAACCACGAGGAGGAGGUGGCCGAGCUGCUGGCGCAGAUCCAGGCGUCGCAUGUGCCCGUGGAGCGCCGGGACUUCCUGAAGACCGACAUCACCACGGCGCUCCGGGAGAUCCGCUCCCAGCUGGAGACCCACUCGGACCAGAACAUGCACCAGGCCGAGGAGUGGUUCCGGGGCCGCUACGCCAAGCUCACCGAGGCGGCCGAGCAGAACAAGGAGGCCAUCCGUUCCGCCAAGGAGGAGAUCGCCGAGUACCGCCGUCAGCUGCAGUCCAAGAGCAUCGAGCUCGAGUCCGUGCGGGGCACCAAGGAGUCCCUGGAGCGACAGCUCAACGACAUCGAAGAGCGUCACAACCACGACCUCAGCAGCUACCAGGACACCAUUCACCAGCUGGAAAACGAGCUGAGGGGAACCAAGUGGGAAAUGGCCCGUCACUUGCGCGAAUACCAGGAUCUCCUGAACGUUAAAAUGGCUCUGGAUAUCGAGAUCGCAGCUUACAGAAAGCUCCUAGAGGGUGAAGAGACGAGAUUCAGCACAUUUUCUGGAAGUAUCACUGGACCUAUCUACACACACAGGCAGCCCUCCAUCACAAUAUCUAGUAAGAUACAAAAGACAAAAAUUGAGCCUCCCAAGCUAAAGAUCCAGCAUAAAUUUGUGGAGGAAAUUAUAGAAGAGACCAAGGUAGAAGAUGAAAAGUCAGAAAUGGAUGUCGCCCUGGCAGCAAUUGCAAAGGAGCUGGCUGUGAGUUCUAUCAAGAUCGAGGUGAAGGAAAAGGCUGCAGAGGAGGAGAAGGAAGAAGAGGAGGGAGGAAGACCUGGAGAAGAAGAAAUUGUGGCCACAACAAAAGCUGUCGUGAAGGUGUCUGCACCAGAAACCAAAGGAGAAGAAGAAGAAGGUGAGGAAGAAGGUGAAAAAGAAGAGGGGGAAGGAGAAGAGGAAGAGGAGGAUGAGGGUGCAAAGUCAGACCAAGCUGAGGAAGGGGGUUCUGAGAAGGAGGAUGAGGACAAAAGUGAGAAGGGUGAGGAGGAGGAGGAGGAGGCUCAGCAAGGAGAGGGAGAAGCAGAAGCUGAAGGGAAGGUUGCAGCUGAAACGAAGGAAGAGAAGGAAACUGAAGAAAAGAGUGACAAAGAAGCUGUAGUAGAAAAAGUCAUUGUGGAAGCAAAAGUGGAAAAGGCAGAGAAAGUGAAAUCGCCUGGGGCCAAGACACCCACGUCUGAGUCCCCCAUAGCCAAGACGCCCACACCCAAGUCUCCCGUGUCCGAGUCACCCGUGUCCAAGACGCCCACGUCCAAGACACCCAUUUCCAAGUCUCCCGUGUCUGAGUCGCCCACAGUCAAGUCACUCGUGGCCAAAUCGCCCGUGGCAGAGCCUCCCGUGUCCAAGACACCCACGUCCAAGACGCCCACAUCCAAGUCACCCGUGUCUGAGUCACCCGCACCCAAAUCUCCUGUGCCUAAAUCACCCAUGCCCAAGUCUCCAGUUGAGGAGGCAAAAUCUAAAGCAGCAGAAGCAGAAGAAGAAAAGAAGGAAAGAGCUGAAGGAGAGAAGAAGAAGGAAGGACCAGUGGAAGAGAAGGAAGAGAAAAAGGAGGAGAAGGGAAAGGACACAUCUGAGAAGAAGAAGACAGAAUCCGCAGGAGAAGACAAAGCUGAAAUUACCAUUACCAAGUCAGCCAAAGUCGGCUCUGAGAAAGAUACCAAAGAGGGGGAAGAAGAGCGGGGGAGUGAGGUAGAAGGAAGUGAUCAGGGAUCAAAGGGGUCAACCAAAGAAGACAUAGCUGUGAAUGGGGACGUGGAAGGCAAGGAGGGUGGGGAGGAAGAGGAGGCAACUAAAGAAAAGGGGAGUGGUGAGGAGGAGAAGGGGGUGGUCACGAACGGGCUAGACUUGAGCCCAGCAGAUGACAAGAAAGGAGAUAAAAGUGAUGAGAAAAUAGUGGUCACCAAAAAGGUAGAAAAAAUCACCAGUGACUGGGGAGAUGGUGCUACCAAAUAUAUCACCAAGUCAGUUACAGUCACCCAAAAGGUAGAGGAACACGAAGAGACCUUUGAGGAGAAACUAGUAUCCAGUAAAAAGGUAGAGAAGGUCACCUCCCACGCUGUAGUCAAAGAAGUUACGCCGAGCGACUAAGAUUAGAGUAAGUGCAGAAGGUUAAGCCAUACGACAACUCCAAAAUGCAUGUGAUUGACGGCUUCAAAGCAGAGCGGCUUCUCCCGGGGAGGGGGGCGGGGGGACCCAGACACCGUGUUUUACUUUGUGCAAUAUGAGGGGGCUGCAUGCAAGCUCAGGGUCUGUUCCCUCCACAGUCUUCGGGGAUUCAAAAAUGCAUGAUAUGUACGUACUGAGGAAGUUUUCCAAUUUCCUAAGCGGUUGGAGGGGGACGCUCCUGAGGAAGGUCGUAAGAUGCAUUAUGCAAAGAACCAACUGAGCCAAAAAAUAGUAAUGAAACCCAGAACUCUCCUAGCCUUAAGAAAGCUAUUUAGGAAUCAUAAUAUUUACCUCACUGGUGCAAGUCUAAUGGACUUCUGUUCAUGAGGGAACUUUGUGGGCACGCACAGUUCGCAAACUUUAGUUGAUCGAUGUAAAACGUCACAGCAGUUCUUGCUCAAUAAAGGUCAUAUUGGAAACAAGA